CCCAGAUUCGAUGGCCUCAGCAAGAAUCGUUCGAUGAUGCUCGCAGCAUGGCGGCGAUCGGCUCUUUAGGCUUUCUCCAGGCUGCGGCCCCUUGCGCGACAGCCACCGCUUGACACUGCAGAACACCCAACCAAUCGUCCAAGAUACGAGGAAAGAGUGGGAACGCAUCAAGCUCUGUGGCGCCGCCUCUUUCGUUUUUCAUAUGCCAUUCUGUCAUCUGUGUGCCGGUUAUUGGUCCCGCUGCCGAGUCGGCCAACUCAAUCCGGCCCAUCUCCAACGACUUCUCAUCGCCCGCCGGCGUCCUUCCGCUUCUUCAAAACUCAGAUACGAAGAAGAUUGCUACUAGCAUCUCAGUACAAACAUUCGGAUCCCGGACCCUGUCGCCACUGCUAUGCCUCUUCUUUGCGCAUGUCUUUCACCGUUCAUUCCACUCCUUUCAUUGAAUGCUCCGGUCCUUUGCCAAAGCCUACGCAGAUAAAGUUCUUUCGGCCCGCCCAGAUGGCUCUCUUUGCGAAACUGGCGACAUGGCCUCCACUGGCGCAGGUAACGGUGGUUUCGCCAACACGAGAAAAGUUUAAUUUCACCGUCGUUCUCGAGUCGUCAAAAUCCCUACCUGAGAGACCAUGGGAAGUCUCAAUAUGGUACGACCAUGGCAGCUAUUCCGGUUCCAAAUCUCCCUGGCAAGCACUCGACCUACAACUUGUAGAUCGCACGCCAGCGAUUCUCUACGACGAUACUCAAACGUCAAACUAUCGCUAUACGUUCUCUGGCGACCUCGAGAGUCCGUACGUAUCCCCGGACAAGACUUACAAAGGCAGAAGAGUACCUUUCACUGUCCGGUAUCGGAUCGAUUCAAACUCCGAAUGGAUGUGGGUUUACCACAACUUUGGCAUCAGAGAUGGCGAAUUGAUUCUACAACCUCCUAUCGACCCAAACUUUCUCGGAGCAUACCCUGUGGAAAUCUUGGAUGGCUGGAUCAUCCGCAAAACACCCAGUGACGCUCCUGAGGCUCGGCUUUACACCAUUGAAUCCUCCCAACCCAUACCAAGGCCACAAGAAGGGAAUGCGAAGCUCGAGUCGCUUGUGCUCGGUCGGGUCACUCAGACUUGCAGGUGGUUUGGUCUCGUAAGGAUUUGGGAGCCAUGGCUGGCUCCGAGGCAUGGAGAGACGCAAUUGCAUUUAACAGAACCUGCUAUCCUACUGUCCUUCCUUAGAUCGGACGGUCUACACGUUGUGUUGUUGGCUGUCAACGGGGUGGAUGACGUCCUCACACAGUUUCAGUCCACGCCAAACGGUGAUAUCGUGGUACAGGCUAGAAAUGACGCGGAGAGAGACCAAAAAUUCAAGGUCCUCGCAGCAUCGGCGUGGAAAUUCGAAAUCGCCAAUGCAGCCGUAAUGUACGAGGCUCGUAAACUUGUCCGACAAUCGGCGGCAUACCAACAGGCAAUUGAGCAACUCGAGCAACUGCCCAAAAGCAUCAGAGCCGAGUCUAUUGAUUCCGAUACCGUUUUGGUCAACCACUCAAAGCAUGAAGCCACCACUACAGAAGAUGCUCAGCCCUCGCCGCAAUGGCUAGAAUCGUGGUAUGACAGCCUUGCAUACUGCACCUGGAAUUCGCUGGGCCAAGACCUUAAUGCCGAAAAGAUCAUGAAAGGACUUGACUCACUUGCCAAGAACAAAAUCUUUAUAUCCACCCUGAUCAUCGACGAUAACUGGCAAUCUCUGGACGGGACCCAAGGAGAAACAAAUCAGUUUCACCGGGGCUGGAAGGAGUUUGAAGCGAAUCCGCUGGGGUUUCCCGAGGGAUUGAAGUCGGCCGUCUCCAAAAUCCGCGAGACACAUCCUGCAAUUCGGGACAUUGCUGUCUGGCAUGCCUUGAUGGGAUACUGGGGCGGCAUCUCACCGCAUGGACAAAUUGCAAAGAAUUACAAGACCGUUGAAGUCAAUCUCCGCGAGGGGACCCCCAUGUCUGGUCGCAAGCUCGUCGUCCACCCGGACGACAUCCACCGGCUUUUCGAUGACUUUUAUCGGUUCUUGUCAAAUGCCGGGGUGACGGCUGUAAAGACAGAUGUUCAAUUUGCUCUCGACCUGUUGGCAGAUACAGCCGAUCGUCGGUCGUUCACCACCACUUACCAAUCUGCUUGGACACAAGCUCAUCUCCGGCACCUUGCAGGCAAGGCCAUUUCAUGCAUGUCGAUGAUUCCCCAAAUCCUCUACCACAGCUACCUCCCUACGACCACUCCACGAAUAAUGCUACGAAACAGUGACGAUUUCUUUCCCGACGUGCCGACCUCUCAUGCCUGGCAUGUUUUCGUGAAUGCACACAAUGCAUUGUUUGUACAGCAUCUCAAUGUCCUGCCGGACUGGGAUAUGUUUCAGUCCAGCCAUCCAUACAGUGGGUUUCAUGCUGCCGCACGCUGUUUGUCCGGUGGUCCGAUUUACAUUACCGACACUCCUGGCGAGCACGAUGUGGAUCUGAUACAUCAGAUGACCGCUCUGAAUCCUCGAGGGCAGACAGUUAUUCUCCGGCCAAGUUGCGUCGGCAAGACCAUGGGUGUCUAUGACAAAUACGACGAAAAGGGAGUGCUCAAGAUUGGCGCGUAUGAUGGCAAAGGAGACGUAGGGUGUGGAUUGCUGGGUGUGUUCAAUCUGGCCGAGUCAGACACUAGUUUUAUUCUGCCCAUUACAAAGUUCCCCGGCGUCAAUGCGCCAGCUCCAGCUGCAGACGGCAGUUUGAAGAACAACAAGAAAUGGAUCGUUCGAUCACAUAUCUCCAAACGAAUAACCUCGCCCAUCUGUCCCUCGGACCCCGUUCGACCAGACAGUUUGUUGCAAUGUACCCUGCCAAUUCGCGGUUAUGACAUCUGGACGGCCACACCUUGUCGCCGAUUUUUGCUUGCGAGGUCUGAGUCCGAGACCGAGUCUGGUGGCGAACUUGAACUCUCUGUUCUUGGCCUCAUCGGCAAACUCAGCGGCGGCUGUGCCAUUAUCGAAUCGACCUUUAACAUGGUCGAAUCAGAUUCGGAGUCGGGAGUAGCACAAUCUGAGUCGGCGUCUGCGUCUGGCUCUCGAUUAAGAAUCCACAUCCAACUAAAAGCCCUCGGCGUACUGGGAAUCUGGUUAUCAGACGUCCAAUCCAAGUCCCGCAAGGUGGAGGAUAUGAUGGUCUUGAUUCAGGGAAAACCCGUGCCAGAACAUGUGGUCAAGCUCAGCACGGAGGGAAUUGCACCGGACGAGCAAAGCGGUGUUGUGGAAAUUGAUGUUGGUGCGGCCUGGCUGGAAAUGGAACUCGAGCCGGGUUGGAGCAAUGAAGUGGGAGUCGAUGUUUUUCUGCGGUGAUAGAUGGACUAAUGACUGAUAGCUAGUAUCUGGUCGUUUCUGUCUUUUUGUUAUCGUCCUAGAGCCUAGAACAGGAUGACGAAUUGAAUGGCAUUGCGAAGAAAGAAAGAUAUGCUUUCUAAACGGGGUGGUGGCUACUGGCCAGCAAGUCAUGAAGGAAGCAAGGGAUCGAAAGUCGAGGAUCGAGGAGGAUGAAUUAAAGAAAGACCUAGCUGAGAGCAGAACCGGUUACAGCAGCUACAGCGUGUCUACAUGUACCUUGCUGACGAUGGUACCUGAGCGUAUCUGGCGUGCAAUGACAGACAAUAGAAUAAGAAAAUACAGACUCCCGAGACCAGACCAGAGAAAGGCAGCACAAAAGAUCAACAAGAGAGAGGACUUUAGACCGACAGACAGACAUACCUCGGUCCUCAUCGUCUGCUUUGCUUUCUUGUACAGUGCAGUAUACAUAGUUAGGACCCUCGUUCUCUUGAGUCUUCUACCAUGGCACGUAUUAAGAUAGAUAGCUCACUGCCAACCUAGGCAUAAACGACUACAACGUCAACUACAACAAGACCG